CUUUUUUUUUCUUUUUGGCAGAACCAGUGAACCCCCUCUCCACCUUUUUGUGUGUGUGUGUGUGUGCCUAUGCCCGAUACACCGCCUUCUUCAACGACGACUGCCAGUGGCGCGACUUCUAGUCACCCUCAAGCGGGGGAGACUCCAGAGAAAUUGUUUACUCCCGAAGAAGACCAAAUGCUGACGGAGCUUCUCGCCAACUCGUUUCGCCAUAUACACGACUCGUCGCGUAUUUAUCGUGAUAUGGAUGAAAAACAAGAUCGACUGAAUGCGCUCGUCGGCGUACGAUCGGAAUUUGGCAGAGAUGUCAAGUUGACACCGAAUACCGCCAAUCUUGAACGAUAUAUUCAGACACUGAAAACGGAAAUCGACACCAAACGGAAACAGGUGGAAAAUCAAAAACAAAACGCGAUCCAAGCGUUCAAAAAUUUUGCUGAGCAAGCCAUUACCAUUGGCCUGAAAGAGAUUCCCCAACUCAAGGAUUACUUGAAAGACGCUUUCAAGCAAUAUUCGGAUGUUGUCAUGACCGGCAACCAGCGCGAUUUUGAUCGCUUGGAGAAGGAAAUUGCCACGGUGAAAGCCGAGAAAUUGUCGGUGUCGGAAAAAGACGGUCUGUUGGCUUCUUUUGACGAGUUCAAAAAACAGGUGGAAACAUUGCAGAAAACACGAAUGGAGAACGCAGAAAAACAAUUGGGCGCACAGAUUAGCAAUGUUCGACAAGAAUUGGAAAAGAUCAACGAUCAGCAUAUUCAGAAACUGGCGGUGAGAGCAUGCGAGAGGAGCAUGGGGACGCUGACGCGCGGUUUGGGCUAUUGCGACACAAAGUAUGUGAAGGACACGGUGAAUCAAGCUUUGAAAGACAAUGAUGAAAAGACACAACGUCUCCUUUUGGCUGAGCGAUCCGCGUUUCUUUUCCGCGUCAACGAGCUGCAGCAAAUGGUGAACCGUCAAAUGAGCUCCGAGAAAUUGCAACAAAUGAUGACCAACUUGCCUCAACUCCAGAAUCUGAAACAAUCCCUGGAUGCCAUGGCCAACACCGUCGUCAGCUUACAAUCCCAAACGAACCAUUCAAAGAAUCACGCCGCCGAAGGCGAUGCAGCCAAAUCGGUCGUCGAAUUGCAAAAACAAGUCAACGAUCUCUUCUCUCGAGUGAACAACAUGGAUGAUCUGAAAAAGUCAAUGAACGAUUUUUCUGCGCGGGUGGGCAACGCGGAGGAAUUGAAAAAAUCAAUGAAUGACCUUUCUGCUCGAGUUGACAACAUGGCAGAACUGACAAAACUGAUCAAGGAUCUUUCUGCUCGAGUGCACAAUAUGACGGAAAUGCAGAGUCACCCUGAAAAAGCGACACGAUUAUCCGAGCAAGUACAAUUGACCGAGCCGGGGCAACGAUCAGCGGAAACGGACACGAGGUUGUCUAAUAUGCAGAGCAAGCAAUUGGAAGAAUUGACGCAUCAGAUGAAAGUAUUCAAGAACAAAUGCAAUGCAGUGGAUCACUUUAGUCGGGUCAAGUUAGGCGAACUGCAAAAACAAAUUGAAGAUUUGAAUGCGCGUUCCAGUCAGGGGUCAUUCACCAGUAUGGACUUGAAUCGGAAACGUCCGCGAGCGGACGAUGCAUCGAUUCAAACGAUUCAGGAACAAUUGGCGACGCUGGAAACCCAGCAUCGACAACUGGUUGACUUUAUUUAUCAGUUCCGAACCAACGUUCUCAGUCUGAAAUUCCCAUCUCGAUUGGAAUCUUGUAUAUUACAUAUAGAAGAUAUACUGUCUUCUCAUGAACAAUUCAUAGCUUUUCUUGUGAAUCCUCUUGUUGCAUCGGAAGGUCAACAAAAGGUGGCCUUGCCUGCAGCGCCGAAAUCAGACGAAGAAAACACACAAUUAUCACCUACGGUGAUCCACGCUAUUCAAGAUCUUGUCAAGAAAUCGACGGAACAAGCGACUGAACCGUUGUUGAAAAAGAUUCGAACGCUGGAAGAGAAGCUUGCACAACAAACUUAAAACCUCUUCUAAUUUGCAAACCCGACAUUCACUGCAUGAAUUUCUUCAUGUGUCCUGCUCUUCCUCUCUCCAUUUUUCUUUUUCUGCCUUUCAUUGACCCAUCAUCGCAUCAUUCCCUUCUUCAUAACUCGCUUUCAUUGAGCGACAUCACCUUCUUUUUUUUUUCCUCAAGGCAGAACUAGCAAGUGAGUUAACGCCUCGUUAGGAAAAACAUCUACAUUAAACCCAACACACAAGCCGGAGCCGACAUUCUUCCAUUUAAUAAAUGACUCUAUUUUUACCAUGUAAAGAUAACCUGCAAAAGUACAUAAUAAAAACCCCUGGAUUUUGAACUGACAAUCACCAUGCAGAAAUCCAGAUUGCCGUGCUGUAGUAG